CACGGGGCGCAGCUGGGAGACCGUGAGUCAGCUCGCUACUUCUUAGAACGGUUUCCAUUCAGAUACUUCUAUGUUUUAUUUUAAUUGGCUUUUGACGUGCUGUUUCAUAACGUUUUAUUGUGUUCAAUAGAGGCGAUUCGUUAUGUGCAUAAUUAGAAGCCGUUUGAUUUUAACUUCUUUGCUAAGAGUUUUCACGGAGAAAAAGUUCGGCAAAGGACAAUUUUGCCGCACCGGGUGCCUUGAUUUGGGGUUUUGGACACAUGGUCCUUGGAGGUGAAGGUUGACACUGCCCUGCCCUGGGUGGGGCUCUGGUCCCUGGCCUUGGACGUUCCCUACAGGAACAGGGUCAUACACCUCAGAGGGCCCCGGGGGGCAUCUGUUUUAGGGGCUCAGGUUGACAGGACUAAGACAGCCUUCACAGGGCCUGGACCUUUUCUCUCAGAAUCCCCCUCUGAAAGAAGCAUCCUGGAACCCCUUGUUUCCUCAUAGCUGACUCUGUGGGGGAAGUUUCAGAGGUAAAGCCAGCUUCACACUCCUGGAAUUUGGUAUUUGGUAUUCACUGAGUAACUGGGAUGGCCUCGGAGGAGGGGAGAGGGACAGGUCUGGCCAGUUCUGUGGUGUUGUUUAUACUUGAGAUUACCUCACAGGUCCCAACCCGCUUCCCCGCCCCAUCUGGUGGGGGCUGGCCCUCAGCCUGCCAGCCCCCUUUUGCCCACAUGCCGGGGAAGCCAGGGGGAACAUGGAUCUCCCUGUGGACAUCAGCUGAGUCUGGAAGCCUCACCCCUCAGGAGACCAUGGAAAGGGACGGCAGCCGGAAUGCUUCCCCGGCAGGGACGUCUCCAGCCCGGGCAUCCCCUUCCAGGUCAGCAUCCGGCAGGUCAUCGUCCGCCAGGUCAGCCUCCACGGCCUCCUCUCCGACGAGAGUGUACCUUGUUAGAGCAACACCAGUGGGGGCCGUGCCCAUCCGGGCAUCUCCUGCCAGGUCGGCCCCAGCUACCAGGGAGAGCCCAGGUGUCAGCUUGCCCAAGUUCACCUGGCGGGAGGGCCAGAAGCGGCUGCCACUCAUCGGAUGUAUCCUCCUCCUCAUCGCCCUCGUGGUGUCGCUCAUCAUCCUCUAUGGGGGAAGAGAGCCCCAGAGUCCAAGAGGGAUUGCAGUCUACUUCUGGCGGGGCCACACAGGAAUCAAGUACAAGGAGCCAGUGGAGAGCUGCCCCAUACAUGCCGUGCGCUGUGAUGGGGUCGUGGACUGUAAGCUGAGAAGUGAUGAGCUGGGCUGUGUGAGGUUUGAUUGGAACAAGUCUCUGCUUAAAGUCUACUCUGGAUCCUCCCAUCAGUGGCUUCCCAUCUGCAGUGACAGCUGGAACGACUCCUACUCAGAGAAGACGUGCCAGCAGCUGGGUUUCAUGAGUGCUUACCGGACAACCGAGGUGGCCCACAGGGAUCUCACCAGCAGCCUCUCAAUCUCCAAAUACAACUCUACCCUCCAGGAAAGCCUCUACAGGUCUGAAUGCCCUUCCCAGCAGUAUGUCUCUCUCCAGUGUUCCCACUGUGGACUGAGGGCCAUGACCGGGCGGAUCGUGGGAGGGGCGCUGGCCCCAGAGAGCAAGUGGCCUUGGCAAGUGAGUCUGCAGUAUGGCACCACGCACAUCUGCGGGGGCACGCUGAUCGAUGCCCAGUGGGUGCUCACCGCCGCUCACUGCUUCUUUGUGACCCGGGAGAAGAUCCUGGAGGGCUGGAAGGUCUACGCAGGUACCAGCAACCUGCUCCAGCUGCCUGCGGCGGCCUCCAUCUCCCAGAUCAUCAUCAAUGGCAACUACACGGACGAGGAGGACGACUAUGAUAUUGCCCUCAUGCGGCUCUCCAAGCCCCUGACCCUGUCUGCUCAUGUCCACCCUGCCUGCCUCCCUAUGCACGGACAGACCUUCAGCCUCAAUGAGACCUGCUGGAUCACAGGCUUUGGCAAGACCAAGGAGACAGAUGAGAAGACAUCCCCCUUCCUCCGGGAGGUACAGGUCAACCUCAUUGACUUUAAGAAGUGCAAUGACUUCUUGGUCUAUGACAGUUACCUUACCCCAAGGAUGAUGUGUGCUGGGGACCUUCGGGGAGGCAGAGACUCCUGCCAGGGAGACAGCGGGGGGCCCCUGGUCUGUGAGCAGAACAGUCGCUGGUACCUGGCAGGAGUCACUAGCUGGGGCACAGGCUGUGGCCAGAGGAACAAGCCCGGUGUGUAUACCAAAGUGACAGAAGUCCUCCCCUGGAUCUACAGCAAGAUGGAGAGUGAGGUGCGCUUCCGGAAAUCCUAAGCAGCUGUCCUGUCCCACCUCACAGCCCUGGCUGCAUAAAGACUCUGGCCAAAGCGACUGGGCCAUUUGCAAUGUCAUCUGGGCCAAAGGUUCCGAGGUUCUGUGUCACUCCCACCUCCGCUGUCUACUGCCUCUGUGAAUGUGCACGUGUAUGUGUGUGUGUGUGUGUGUGUAUGUGUGUAGUUGCUCUCCCAAGGUUUUCCAGAAACCAGGAGAGCUGUCAGCCCUUUCCAGACCCCAGGCUGGAAAGCACCUGGAGAUAACAGUUUGGGCGCUGUGGACCUUCCUGUAAGGGCGUCCGUCACGGAUGGAGGAGGUUGAGCCCAGACAGCGCCCAGAGGAAGGGCUUAGAAGAUCACAUCAGAAAUUCCUGCUCCUCGGACCCUGGCUCAGAGACUAGCCCAGACUGAGAAGCCACCAGCAUCGCCGCCGUCCUGGGAUGGAUUGCGGGUGUCGUUGGAGUACUGGGGCCGUCCCCGGCGGGAAGGUGCCCCCCCUCGGCAUUACAAGCAUCCUGCCCUUUCUCAGGCCUCCUGCGGGUGCCCUGGGUGUGGAGGGCAGACUGAGCGGUGGCUGCCCAGGCUGACAGCUGGCUGUGUGUGGUCACAGGCUACUGGGGCAGAUUUUUAUUGUAUUUUUAUAUUCAAGAAAUGGAAGUAGAUGUAUUUUUAAAGAUUCUCCAAGACUUCCAGGAGCCUGAAGAGCUAACAUCCAUCACCCCCAACACUCCAAGAGACUCUUGGGGGCUGUACCAUUCCAGAGUCCUGCUGAGUGUUCCUGACAUCCAGGGACCCGAGGAAGGAGCCCCUUCGGGGCGCUUAGGGAAGAGCGUCCUCGCGUGGGCUGGCGGGCAGGUCAUCACAGAGAGCCACGACUGUCGCCGCGUCCAAGGGCUACACCCAGGGCGUGAAGACAUGGCUGCUGCUGCUUCUCCGUGG